AAAUAAAAGUGUUCAUGGAGAGAGGAUCAGCCACUAUCUCUGCUGAAGACCAUAGGGUACCAUGCCAUUGCCAAACUACGCUCCAAGCAGUAACAAAAUCAUGCCUGUGCCAAAGAAAGCAGGAAGAAAAUCCCAGGCAGCUCCUGCAGAGGUGCCGCCAGUGUACGAGCCCAAUAUUCAUGAUCCCACCACCAGGGCUGACCUCAUGAAAUACUGGAUCCCCCUCUCCCUGGAUGACAAAACGGCCCAGAAGCUGCUGUGGAUAUCCGAGAGCAACCUCAAGGUGUCGCGUAUGUCAGAGGAGGUGUGUCCAUACCCCAUGAGACCGGAGAGAUAUGAGCAUUCGCCACAGGUGCUGUGUAAGGAGGGUCUGUUGGGGCAGAGAGGGUACUGGGAGGUGGACUAUGGCGGCUGGGUGGUGAUUGGGGCAGUGUACGAGAGCAUGGGCCGGAAGGAAGGGCCAUGUGGGCUGGGGGAGAACGAAAGCUCAUGGGGUGCGGGCUGGGCCGGCUCCUGCUACCAAGUCUGGCACAACGGGGAGAACGUGGAGGUCAGGCUCCCUUUGUGCAACACCAUGAGCAUAUACCUGGACCAGCCCGCUGGCAUCAUCAAGUUCUUCAUCGUGGAAGGACAAGGGGAGGUGGAGAAGGAGGUGCGACUGAUACACAAGUUCAAAACUGACCUCAAAGAGAAGAUUCUGCCUUGUUUCUGGGUUGGCAGUAAAUCCUUCUGUUGGAUCCGGAAGAAAGAGGGACAGUAACAAGAAGGGUGUAGGAAAGGAGAUAUGGAAUAACGGAUCAGGGAAUUUGUAAGAGAGGGAGGUAAAGUGAACGAGAAGAUAUAUGUUUCUAAUAUUUGGAGAACAAGCACUGGAGUCAGAAUUCAGAAUUGAAGAAGAGAAUCAUCGAAUAAUCUGUUCACAUCAUGUCUAUGGUUUUAAGUGUUGCUGUUAUCCCUCUGUUGCAUGAGUACAACAUACAUAUGAAUUACUAGGUUAUAUUAUAUUUAG